CCCUCCCAAGAUGGCGGACCUCCACCGCCAGCUGCAGGAGUACUUGGCGCAGGGGAAAGCGGGCGGCGGACCGGCGGCCAAGGAGCCACUGCUCGCCUCGGGGAAGGCGGAGGAGCCCGAGGGCGGGGGAGGGCCGGCGGAGAAGUGGCUGGGCCCCGCGGGCCUGCGCUGGACGUGGGCGCGGAGCCCCGCGGAGCCGGUGGCGGCGGGAGCAGCGUGCUUGCCGAGCGUGACGCGCGGGCAGCGGCUGGCGUUGGGUGGCAGCUGCCUGGGGCUGGCCGCUCUCUGUUUCGGCCUGGCCGCGCUCUACGUGCCCGUGCUGCUGCUGCGCGCGCGCAAGUUCGCACUGCUCUGGUCGCUGGGCUCGGCGCUGGCGCUGACUGGCGGUGCGCUGUUGCGGGGCGGCGCGUCGUGCGGGCGCCUGCUGCGCGGCGAAGAGGUGCCGUCGCGGCCCGCGCUGGUCUACGGGGCCGCGCUGGGCGCCACGCUGUACGCGGCGCUGGGGCUGCGCAGCACGCUGCUCACGGUGCUGGGCGCCUGCGCGCAGGUGGGCGCGCUCCUGGCCGCGCUUUUGGGCCUGCUGCCGUGGGGCGGUGCCACCGCGCUGCGCCUCGCCCUAGGCCGUCUGGGCCGCGGCUCCGGCCUCUCCAAGGCGCUCCCCGUGUAAGAGCCGUGGGUUGCGCCUUGGGAAAGGACUCGGAGCCAGCCCCGGGACCCAGCGCCGUCGGGAAAGGAUACGGAUCCAGCCCCGGGACCCAGCUCAGGCCGAGCCGAGGACUGCACCCGUAGGUUCCCCGACCGCCAGCCGCGACGCACCCCGGUGAUCCCCGGAACGGGUAGAAGGCUCUCCCCCUUGACUGCCGGCGAAUCUGUAAACAUUGAGCGGCUGUUUGGAACUGCGGCUCAAGCAGUUGCGGAAGCUCCGCGAUUUCAGCGUCUUGUGCUAUCCUUGGUAGCAUGUGCUCUGAAAAUACUAAAUUUUGUCGUUGAAUUGGUGAUAAUAUGCUGGGAACCAGCUAUUAGAAGUUGCUUUUGCAUUAACUUUUUUUAGACUGAGCUGAGUAAAAAAGAAUGGGUCUUUGAAUCAGCUGUUUUUGUGAUUUUUCUCAGGUGUAUCUUUUACCUUUUGUCAUUUAAGAAAUCCAGUGGCAGAUGUAGUAGCUACAAUAGCUUUUUGGUUUUGUCUAUAUAAAGGACUUGGAAAUUACUUUCCCUUAUUCUUGAGUGCAUUGAAUCCAGAAGGGUAUCAAAUUAAACACUAAAUUUAGCCACUGGAUUUUUUAAAGUACUUAUUUUAUUUAAGACGGUUUAUCUCGGUUUUUUUCUUUCAGUUAGAGAAAUUGUAAAUACGGUGCCUUAUAACAGUAGGGGAAAAUUAGUUCUGUAUUAGAGGACGAAAGCAAUGCACCAAAAAAUUUCCUGCCCCAAGAAGCAUGGUAUCCAGUAAGGUGCAUGUAAAUACUUGAGAGGUCUCUGCAUGUAACUGACCUAGGGAAUCCUGGGAGACUGGAAGAUAAUUCUACAUCCAGAAUUCCCAUAUUUGAUGGAUUUCUACAAGCUCUAAUUAUUCUUAAUUUUAUGGUCUGCUUUUUAAACCUGCAGGCUGAGUGUAAUGCAAUGUAAGAUGCUUUCCAUAUUUAUUUGCUAAAUUUCCUUCAUUCUAGGUUCAUUGCUUUUACCUACCUUAACUUAUUGCCAGAAACUAUGGGCCCGAUAUUCUGGUGAGUCCAGAAAAUUACGUUUUGUCAAUACCUAUAAACUAGUAAGUAAAAUGUUCUUAGAAUAUUAAAAUUCUAUGUCACUGGCCCACAAGCUUGACUGCAUAUCAGAAUUAACUUGAAGAGCCACACUUCAGAUCAAUUCAAUUAGAAUCUCUGGGGGAAUGGGACCCAGGUAUCAGUUUUUUAAAGCUCCCCAGAUGAUUCCAUGUUCAGUCAAUGCUAAGAAUCACUUUUCUGCGCAUUGGCUCGCACAGUUUGAUGAAAAUAAUUGUUUUGGGGGCUGAAUUUCAGUGUUGUCUUAACAGGGUGUGUAGGGCAGCAAUAGAACACUGUCUCUUCCUCCAACUCCCAGAUUUUUGUUCGUAAGUCCUGAGCAGUGCCCUAAAGCCCUACCCCAGGAAGUGACACUAAAGUGGCCUACAUCCACACUAGGCUUGCAGGCUACCACUCCCCCUUAGUAUUCACUAAGAAUACUGCCUUGUUUCCCUUUCAGUAAAUAGGGUUAUCUACCUCAAAAGGAUGCUUAUGAAAGCAAAUGCAGUGGUUGUUUUGUUUUUUGGUGGCUGUCCAGUACAGGGAUAGAACCCUGGACCUUGGGGUUAUCAGGCAGUACCAUGCUCUAACCAGCCAGCCCCAAAUACAGUGUUUUCAGGGGGUGAUUUAUAUUUUUUCCAGUUGGAAAGACUUGUGCCAUUGGCUGCCUUUCUAGUCCCUUAAUUAGAUUUUGUUCUAAGUUUCUCUAGAAUUUGCAAUGGCUGCAGAUUUUACAUUGUUUAGCACAUAUUUAUGUUGAUGCUAUUGUAUUUAAUAUCAAGGUUUUGUUUCCAACAUUUUCUCAAGAAUUCAAAUUGUUUGAAAAUCUAGUUUUUAUAAAAUUCAAAGCACAAUAUCUUGUAUGUAUUUUGACA